AUGUCUUCAGCCAGUCUGUCAUCAUUUGCGAUGCAGGAUGGUGCCGGCAGCUAUUCUGCAUUUGACGCGACGAGCAAGGGAAGCCGUGCCACUAAGAAGAGUAAAAGACAUCAUCAUAAGAAGAAUAAGAAGCACAAGAAGGAAAGUAAGGAGGAGGAUGAGGCCAUUGCAGCGUUCAAGAAUCGAUAG